CGAAAACUUGCACGGCUUGAGGAGUGGCUACAAAAGAAACGGGAGCGUAUAUGAAGGAUCACAUUGUUUUUCUGCACUGAUUCACGCCUAACGGAAUUUAUAUCAGUCUGAGACGUCGCGGGUUGUGAUAUAUCUCUGAUACGGCUUCAGGAUGAUGAAGUUUCGGUUCAGACGGCAGGGAAAUGACCCUCAUCGUGAGAAAAUCAAGCAGGAUCUUUUUGCAUUCAAUAAGACAGUUGAACAUGGAUUCCCAAACCAGCCAAAUGCUCUGGCCUAUGAUCCCAAACUACAGCUCAUGGCCAUUGGAACUAAAUCGGGAGCCAUCAAAAUAUAUGGUGCCCCUGGAGUGGAGAUGACUGGACUUCAUAAAGACACUGCUGCUGUUACACAAAUACACUUCAUUCAUGCACAGGGGAGGAUACUUUCUCUAUUGGAUGACAACACCAUUCACCUAUGGGAGAUAGUGCAGAGAGAAAACCACUCCCAUUUGGUGGAGGUUCACAGCUUCACCUUGCCUGGCAGGCCAGGCCUCGAGAGCACCAGUGCGACCCGUGUGACCGUUAUGCUGUUGAAACUGAGCUGUGAUCUUGCUCUGGGCACUGAAGGUGGUGGAGUGCACUUCUUGGAACUGCCCAGCCUCACGCUGAUGAACAAGUCCCUAUUCCAGGAUGAGAUCAUGCAGAGUGUUCCAGAGGAGUACAAGUGUGGAAAAUCACUGGGUCCUGUGGAGUCUCUGCAGGAACAUCCAAAGGACUCUAUUAAAAUCCUCAUUGGAUACAGCAGAGGUCUGGUUGUACUCUGGGACCUUAACAGUCGACAUGUAGACAAUGUCUUCCUGGGAAAGCAGCAGCUGGAGAGUUUGGUCUGGGAACGUUCGGGAAACAGCUUUGUCAGUUCCCACAGUGAUGGUGGAUACAUGGUGUGGGCUGUCAGCAGUAGCACUCCAUGCACUCAUGACCCCAUCUCUUCUAUUAUACCAUAUGGCCCCUUUCCCUGCAAAGCUGUGAACAAGAUAUUGUGGAGGACAACAGAAAUGGGAGCUCCUCUAGUGCUGUUCAGUGGCGGCAUGCCCAGAGCAAGCUAUGGAGACAGACACUGCUUAACCAUCCUUCAAGACAGCAGCCACGUCACCCUUGACUUCACCUCCCGUGUCAUAGACUUCUUCACACUUCAUUGCACAGACAGAGAUAAGGAAUUUGAUGACCCUUCAGCCCUUGUGGUUCUUUUGGAAGAGGAGCUGGUGGUGAUUGACCUUCAGAUGGCUGGCUGGCCCACAGUCGCUGCUCCUUACCUGGCUCCUCUGCACUCCUCCGCCAUCACCUGUUCAUGCCAUAUCUCAAAUAUGCCGCCCAAGCUGUGGGAGCGAGUGAUCAGUGCCGGCCAACAACAGUGUCCUCUGCAGAACUAUGAGAAUUGGCCGAUAUGUGGAGGGAAAAACUUAGCACCUGAUCCGAACCAGAAAGAACUGCUGUUAACUGGUCACGAGGAUGGCACAGUGCGUUUUUGGAAUGCAUCGGGAGUCUCUCUCAAACCACUGUACAAACUGAGCACAGCUAACAUCUUUCAGACCGACUGUGACCACAGUGACAGCUUGAACCAGGCCGGGGAGGAGGAAUGGCCUCCUUUUAGAAAGGUGGGCUGUUUUGAUCCGUAUAGUGAUGAUCCCAGACUAGGAAUCCAGAAGAUCAGCCUCUGUAAAUACAGCGGGAAACUGGUGGUGGCUGGCACUGCUGGACAAGUUAUAGUUAUGGGUCUCAGUGAUGAGAAGUCUGAUCACAUGAUUGAUGUGGCCACAGUGAAUCUUCUCCAGGACCGGGAGGGUUUUACUUGGAAGGGUCACGACCGGCUGCCUCCUAAGAGCGGCUCUGUAUUGUUUGCUCCUGGAUUCCAGCCGGUCGUCCUGGUGCAGUGCAUGCCCCCCGCAGCCAUUACUGCAGUAACCCUGCAUGCUGAGUGGAACCUCGUUGCCUUUGGCACCAGUCAUGGCUUUGGUCUUUUUGACUACCAUCGGCGAAAUCCAGUGUUGGCUAGGUGCACUCUACACCCCAAUGACUCUCUGGCUAUGGAGGGCCCUCUCUCUCGAGUGAAGUCUCUAAAGAAAUCCUUACGCCAGUCUUUCAGAAGAAUCCGGAAGAGCCGAGUUUCAGGAAAGAAGCGUUCUGUUGUUAAUAGUCCUACCAGUAAAGUGCAGCAGGCUAAUGCACAUUUGGCAGAGCGUGAUGCUGAGGUGACACCGGUUCAGAGACGGAUUGAGCCCCGCUCUGCAGAUGACUCGCUGUCUGGUGUGGUGCGCUGCCUCUGCUUUGCUGACACAUUCCUCAGAGAUGGAACGCACCAUGGCCCUACAAUGUGGGCUGGCACGAACUCUGGCUCAGUGUAUGCAUAUGCUCUGGAUGUGCCCCCUCAAGAGAAGUUCUCGGAGCAGAACGUGGAGGCCCUGCUGGGGAAGGAGAUCCAGCUGAUGCACAGAGCUCCUGUGGUGUCCAUCACUGUGCUGGAUGGUCGAGGAAACCCUCUGCCUGAUCCGUAUGAAGUCUCUAGAGAUCUGGCCAAAGCACCAGACAUGCAGGGCAGCCACUCUGUUCUUAUUACUUCUGAGGAGCAGUUUAAGGUUUUCAUGCUACCUAAGGUAAGUGCGAAGACAAAGUUCAAGUUGACCGCCCAUGAAGGUUGCAGAGUACGGAAGGUGGCACUGUCGAACUUCACCAGCGUUACCUCUGAGGACUACUCUGAGAACGCUCUAGUGUGCCUCACAAACCUCGGUGACAUCCACUUGUUUAGUGUGCCAGCACUGAGACCGCAAAUACGCUAUGACUGCAUCCGUAAAGAAGACAUCAGUGGCAUUGCCUCCUGUGUGUUCACCAAGACUGGACAAGGGUUCUACUUGAUCUCGCCAUCAGAGUACGAGCGGUUCUCAUUGUCGGCUCGUGUGAUCACAGAGCCACUGUGCCAGGUGGAUGUAGAGCGACCUCAUGAGCUUUCUGAACACAGCACAGCAGUCCCACCACAAGCUAAUGGAACACAUAAGACACAAGCAGAGAACAAGUCUGUUGAAGCUGAAGGGCUGUUGGAGGAAAUGCGGAGUGCAUUGUCCUCCCCUGACCUGGAUUCUCCAAACAGCAGCACUGACAUCACUCUAGACACCACUAGCGAGCUCACCGUAGAGGACGUCAAAGACUACUUAAUGAUUGUUGAUGAAGCUGAGAACAACUUCAGGAACAUCACUGAAGAGGAUGGAAGGUCUCCUGGAAUCCUCAUCAACUGAGAUCAGCCGGCAGAUGGCUAGAGGGGCAGUAAUGGGAACAACUCAUCAGCGGAACUCAUUACUUCUAAUUGGAACGUGACAGAGCAUUUGUGACUCCGGAGCUGAAGUUGCACCAUGAGGUUUUUACAAUGGGAAUGUCGCACUUUUCCCUGUGCCAAAAGACUAAAUGAUUGAUUCUGUUUUCCCCUUCUCCUUCAACUUUACUCCAGUUUCCUUUUUUUUCACAAGCGUUGGUUCUUUUUCUUUGAGGAGCCAUAAAAUGGUACAUUUGAUAAGAAGUGACUUAAAGGGAUCAGGCAAUAAAAGGACCAAGAUGUGUUGCACAAUGUCUGAAUGCAGGAAGGGUGCUGCUUGCGCUUGCACUGACCCCAUGAAGUAUUUGAAGAUUUUCUCUUGUUUUUGUCUUUUAACAUUCCUCUCUUCCCAUGACGCUUCUCAGCUCACUCUGUGCCAUUAAUUAAAUAUGCUAAAUCUAAUGGAAAUACUUCUAUUUAGAAAUUUGAACAUUUUAAGUGCCCUGCUCAUUUAGGAAGAAGAAAGGUUUAUGGUCUGUAUGAAGUGUUUACUUUUUUCCCCUCCUGACAGCCUUAUUUAACAAUAUUGGUGAUACUAUGAUGGUUUCUGACCACAAAUCAGGAGUCUAUUGAAAAGUUCAAGUUAUGGACCCUGUGGGUUUGAUAAGAGAUAUUUUCCUUUCUUUCAGUCGUCAUUAUAUUAUUAUUAUUAUUAUUAUUUUUUUAAAUAAUGUCUCAUAACCACUUGCCAUUGUAAGUAAUUCUGCCAAUUAACUGUGUCUGUAACUUUGGAAGGAAUGUGUUGUUUAAUUUUUGAGUAUUCUCCUCAGUAACUAAAGUGUACAUUCAUGUUACGCAUGUUUCUGCCACAGUAUUAACCAGUUAUGAUGGAGCUAAUGACUUUUUACACUAUUUACACCGUAUUCUUUAGAAAAGUUGUAUAUGGCUUAUAAGGAUUGAGAUUUUGUAUUUUAUAGAUAUUUCACUGGCGUUUAGGCAUUUCUAAUGGCUUUUUGUUUCAAAUAAUUACUACAUGAAUGUUAGGGGUUAGUUUAAUGAAUAGACAGAAUCAAUAAUGAAGGAAUAGGAUGAGUGUGGAGCACAGUUAUAUUUGAAAUGAUUUAGGACACAAUUGGCUGCUCUGAUCAGAUAAUGCAGUUUUCAGUCAUUUAGAAAUGGUAAAGAAAAUUAAAGUGAAGCACUUAAUUUACAGUACAUCAACUACAAGGAAAACAACUGUACAAAAACUUUGUUUGGUAUCAGCUGUCACAUGUCUCUACAUAUCCCCUGCUUUUGUUUAUUCUGUUAUGUGUUUUAAAGGAGCCUCGAUAAUUGUAUUUGCUUUAUGUAUGUUUUCAUUGACAUUAACCUUUACUUUCUAUUCAACAACUAUUCUUUGAACCUGUAUUUAAUUUUCAUUUUUCUUGAGUAGAAUUUUAAUUUGAGAUAUAGCAAUGCUAAAUAAAAUCUUGAAUGUUAAUAAAGUAUUUAC